AUGGACAACAAUCCUACCCAUGAGCAGGAACCUGGAGAACCCUGGGGAAAAGUGGGCAUAUGGACAAGAGGUUUUCCCCAUGCUUCUCUUCCUAACAGUCGCAUCCAAGUGAGGCUCGGAGAGCACAACAUCGAAGUCCUGGAGGGGGAUGAGCAGUUCAUCAACUCGGCCAAGGUCAUCCGCCACCCCAGAUAUAACAGCUGGACUCUGGACUAUGACAUCAUGCUUAUCAAGCUCUCCUCACCUGCAGCCCUCACUGCCCGGGUGUCCACCAUAUCGCUGCCCUCCACCUGUGCCCCUGCCGGCACCCAGUGCCUCAUCUCCGGCUGGGGCAACACCCUGAGCUCUGGCACCAACUACCCGGAGCUGCUACAGUGCCUGGACGCCCCGCUGCUGAGCCAGGCCCAGUGUAAAGCCGCCUACCCCGGGCAGAUCACGGAGAACAUGGUUUGCGCUGGCUUCCUCGAGGGAGGCAAGGACUCCUGCCAGGGUGACUCUGGUGGCCCUGUGGUCUGCAAAGGAGAGCUCCAGGGCAUCGUCUCCUGGGGCUAUGGCUGUGCCCAGAAGAACAAGCCUGGCGUCUACACCAAGGUGUGCAACUUUACAGACUGGAUUAAGGAGACGAUAGCAGCCAACAGCUAAAGCCCCCAGGCCCCCUGCCAUCCCUAUCCUAAUAAAGUGAGCCUCUCACAACUGCCUGUGUCUGCACCUGCUCCUUCCUGCCCCCUCGCUCUGUGGACAUCCUCCCAUCUGAGGCCAGACAGGGCUCUACCCCUUAGAGACAAACAGAAUGCCCCAGCUCCCGAGAUAUGUUCCAUGGAAUACUGGUUUCGCAGCAUGUGAAGAGAAGGAAUC